ACAUGGGAAAACAAACACAUUUAGUAAAAGAAGAAGAAAGCACUUCCGUUUUAGCCGGAAGAGGCGCCAAAAUCGAAAAGUUGUUUUCUAGCAGCGAGAGAGCUGGUAAACAAACGAGUCGUCUACACUUUUUGAUUUUUCACGUUUUGUUUUAAUCCCUUUUGGUAGAUUUGGACUCCUAUUCCAAAAUGGAGCCUACCCGAGACUUUUUCUCCAAGCUAAGGAAGAUGGCGGUGACUUUAGAGGCAGAAACCGAGAAACUACAGCAAGCUUUUGAGGGCCGUAGAAACGAGGAUGGUGAUAGCGACAGAGCCGUCCGAGCGAUGCGAGCAUAUCAUGAAGUGAACAGUGAUGUCAGCAGUCUCAAGGCGCAGCUACAAGGAGAGUUGGCUGAGCAAAAACAGCGAGAGGAGGAGGUUAGCAGCUUCAUUAAGGCCUGUAGAGUGAUGGAGCAGAGGGUCUCUAAAGACAUCCACACAAUCAGGACACACCUGGAAAAAUAUGGUUACCAAGCUCCAUCUGUUGGUACAGAAACUCCAAACAACCCAAACGAUCGAGAAGCAGAAGAGAAUGAAACCAGCUUAGCAUCCGAAGAAGACGAAGGCCAGGAGGAGGACGAGAGGACGAACUCCACAUCGCCUCCAAAAGCGGCGGAUCCCUUCGCCGACUUGUUGCGAACCCCUAAGCUCUCCGAUUUUGGUCUCUCUGAGUUACAGAUGAAGAGAGCGCUGGGUGGAGCAGAGUGGUGCGCCGAAGUUCCCCCCAUGCCGGAGUUGAACCUCCCGCAGCCCUCGCUCCGAACGCCCGCGCCACCACCUCUGGCCAUGACUCCUAAAUGCGCGCUGCGGAUGGACGACGAUGACCUGCAGACGCCCCCGGUGCCUGAUUUUGGCAUCUCAGAGCACACAAUGUGUCUGAACAAUGACUUCACCGUGGCUCUGUUCGGGAAGAAGCACCUAAAGCUUGACAAACCUUCAGAAGAUAUCCCAUCAAUUAACAAGGUGAUGGAGAGUUUGCAGACUAAAGUUGACAAUUUAGAGUCUCCGGAACCGCCUGUAAUUUGCACCCCAGGCUUCAAGAUAAAAAAGCCAAACGGUCACCUACCGUCACAAGAAGCAAGAGACCCAGAGUCCCCCUGUCGCCAUGGAAACCCGUCAACGACCCCAGAGGUGCCUGCGUUUGAAACUCCAUACGUGAACCGCCUGGUCAGCGGCAAGAAGACAGCAGAGCCCGAGCCAAUCAGCUCGCAGGGUGACGGAGAUGGUAACAUCUUCAAGCUUCAAACGUCUCCCUGUAACGGAGCGAGCGACUCCAAGCCCGCCUGGGUGAACAAUGUGCCAGAAGUGACCUUCUUUGGCGUGGAGGAAAAGGAGAUACCACAGAUGCCCAACUUGGAGUCUUUUUUGGGCAAUUCCCUUCAGACCAACAAUGGCCGGAUGCUGACGCAGCAGGUGGGAGAGGACACAGGCGUGAACAGUCUGGACCUGGACGGACCCACCCAGGAGUUCAGCUUUGGAACGCCUCGCAUCAGGAUGAGCUACCAGGAGCCCAGCACCCCCGAGAUGCCAGACCUCAGCUCGGUUACACAGGAUAUAUGCAAACUUGUAUCGCAGGUUCAAACAAAGAAAUCUACCUCUGCACAUAUUGCCUCAUCUGUCAGCUCAGAAAAACACAGUGCUCCUUCUGCAAAGGGUCUCACUUUGGUUUCACAGAGCGAGUUUCAGACUUUGCCGUCAUACCUGAGGCUGAUGACUCUCAGCAACCUUAACCAGGCUGUCCAAAACAUCAACAGAUUUACGGCACAACACCAUGGAGAAACGAAGGAAUUCACCAUGGACGAUCUGAGGAGGAUCAUCAGUGUGGGAACCAAGGCUCCUGUGUACGUCCUGUGUCUGACGGAGCUCCAGAGGCUGAAGCAGGUGGAUGGGGUUCUGGAAGCCGCCGUGUACAAACUGAUAGCGGGCAACUAAAAACGGCGAGGCGCUGGUUCAGCUGAUGGUGUAAUCCUUACUGAGGAUAUAACAACUCCUGUUCUCUACAAUAUAGAAAGACUGACACUCAGAAGUGAAGUCCCAAACAGCCAGAAAUGGCAGGUUUAGUAGCUUUUUGCACAUUUUUUUUGUAAAUAGAUGUAUUCAUGAUGAGUACGCUUCAGUUGAAUGAUUAAAAGUUUAAUAAAUAUA